AUGGGGGAAAAUGGUUGGAAGUGGAAGAUCAAUUACGAUGUCUUGCAGAACAACAAUGAGCUACUGGCUGAAGCUGCAGAAUUGGAAGUACUGUCGCGGGGCUGUUCGCCAAUUCUGUUCAAUUCCGAUCGGGUAGUCUGGCCGUUUGAUUCCGGAAACCAAUUUUCGGUGAAGUCUUGCUAUGUAAAGUUGGAGCAGGGGCGGGUUUCUGCUGCUCUAUCAGUGCAGUUAAAGAAAGCACUUGUUUUUGUUUGGAAAUCCAAAGUUCCGCAUAAAGUUCAAGUUCUCGGAUGGAGAUUACUACAGGAGCGAUUACUGACGCGGGAAUUACUGCAACAAAGGGGUAUUAUAGAGGAUUUGGACAAUUCCAGGUGCGAUUUUGGUAAUGUUGUCGUUGAAUCAUGCAGCCAUUUAUUUAUUCACUGUAUAGUUGCUAGAGCUAUUUGGAGGUUGAUUUUCUGUUGGUUAGAUUUGAAAGAGAAUGAUGUUGAGCUUAAUUUAGGGGAUACUUGUUGUAGUUUUUCCCUUAAAUUUCAUACUGGUCUGUUCCGCAAGGCUUCAUGUUUUAGAGAAGGUGUGAUUUGGUUGACAACAGUGUGGUGUAUUUGGAUUUUUCGUAACGGGAUUAUCUUUAAGAAUGAAGUGGAUGAUGUUGAAGAAUUGGUUUUUAAAAUCAAGAUGCAUUUUUGGUGGUGGCUUCAAAUAGAUACUAAUCGAUUACACAGUGUAAUUUUUAUGAAUGGUGUAAAUAUUCAUUGGAUUUUUUGUAAUAAUUGUGUUUAG